AUGAUGGGCAUGCUUGUUAUUUUCAGCGUCCCAUCGAUGACUUUCGGCCUCUACAAGCAAGCUCUUCAGUCCGUCCUUGAGCUGACCGUGGAAGAGGCGGGCGAUAUCGCGAGCUAUGGCCUCAUUGGCGGCAUGGUGCUGGGCUUCGUUCCAGGACUGGUCUAUGACCGCUUCGGCUAUGUGGUCACGCUGGUGCUGGGCGGCUUCAUGAGCUCAGGCGGAGCGUUCUUGUGGUACUAUCAGCUUUGUGGUGGCCAGCGCCCGAGCUGGCUGGGUCUGGCACUGGCGCUGAUGCUGACCUGCCACGGCACCAGGUUCCAGUACUUCGCUGGGAUUUGCGCCUCCUUGGGCGCGUUCCCAGCGCGGCUGUCCGGCUCCAUGUCUGCGGCCAUGGCUGUGCUGGUUUCGGUGGGCUACAUCAUCCUCCCGCAGCUUUGGACCAGCUUCUUUCUGCCGGAGGCAGGGGAUACGAGCGCGUGGAAUGCGAAUGGCACGCUGAAAACCCUCGAGCCGGUUGCUCACUUCUGGCGUCUUUUGUCCGGCAUCUACUUCUGCACCACAUUGGCCGGCUUGAGCGUCGCUCGGCUCCUGCCGCACCCGAAGAAAUCAUCAGUCGCCGAGAGUUUGGGCUCCAAGCUGGCACGCGGGGCGAAUCUGGAAGCCAUCGUGUUGCUCCUCAUGGUAGCGAUGUCACUGGCCUUUACCUACGUCUUCAUGGUCAACGGCUUCGGCAGUGCCUCGAGCAUUGCCCAAGCUGGAGCCGCCGAGCGCGGCAAGAUCAUCAAGCAGAUGGGCAUGAUCGGGAUGCUGGGGCGCAUGAUCCACGGCAGCUUGGCCGACGUUUUGAAGCGAGGCCCAGCAGGCAAGGCCGGCACCUACAUUUCAUACUGCGUCGGCAUCUGCUCGGCGACGAGCGGCUUCAUUCUGAUGCGCGCAGGAAUGCAGGACAUUACUGGGACCCUGCCCAGCGUCUGGGAGAACGCCAGUUACCUCAUCGCCUUUGGCUUUGGUGGUCUCUUUGCGCUCUUCCCCGCCUCGGCCAGGACAGUCUUCGGCGCUGCCAACACCAGCUUCUGGCUGGGCAUCCUCUUCUGCAUGCUGGGCCUCCUCAACUUUGGCUACGCGAGGUUGGGUGCGAGCUACCAUUGGGGCGCAGAGUACUACGGCAUCGCGGCGGCGUCUUCGGCGACCUUCGUCAUCCUCCUCUUCGCGAUGGUCGCGAAGACCUGGGGCACGGCCGCGGCCUGGGCCAAAGUCUACGCCCAAGAGCGAGCGCGCAGCCAGAAGCCAGGAGAAGCGGGGUGUGGCAAAAGAUACAGCAUCAUAUCCAAGAAGCAGGAGAAGAAGGACCAGAAGAAGAGCAAAGAGAGCAAAGAGAAAGCCGGCGAGAGCUCGGAGCAGAAAAAGGAAGACGCCAGGAACGACAAGCACAAGAUUGAGGAGAUCAAUAUUCACAGCGCGUAUUUGACCUCAAUGCUGAUGGAGCAUACUGUGCCCAUCGAUCAUCCUGUGAUGACCCCCUGCAAGCUGGGGCUGAAAUUCUGGAACACGACUUUGGAGGCGGAGGGGUGGGACCUCCAGUCCUCCAAGGACAAAGACGCGGGGAAGGUCCGCUGGAACCGCUGGCACUACCGCGCAGGAACACACUACAUCUUUUGUGACGACAAUCACCACGACCUGAUUCUGCAUUGCCUCGCCCCGAGUGGAUGCAUCUUCCUGGGGGGCGGGGACAGCUGCAAGAAGGAGCUGAUCAAGAUGCUCAUCAACGGAGAGCCAGUGGUUUGCCUCAACAACACUGGCAGACUCGCGCAGGACUUUGUAAGAUGUCACGAGUUCCUCUGUGGCAAGCUCUUCAAGUUCCACCCCAACGAUCAGGAUCUUCCGAAGAGCCCGGAGGUGUCAAGUUGGCGGAAAGCCCUGCAGGGCUCCUUUUUUGGGUCGGCCCAAGAUGAGAGCGAGGAGACGCCCGAACGGCUGACGGAGGCUUCGCUGGCUCAUUUCCAGAAGAGGAAGUCCUCCUUGACUCAGAUCAUGGAUGAAGGCACCAAGAAGGAGCCUAAGAGCAUGAAGGCUCGAGCCGACUACAUGCGAUCCACCCCGACUCGGUCCUCCAUGUUCCGCCACGCCAUCCACGACUCAGAUCUCGGUGUGAUGAGUCGGAGUAAGCUCGUGGACGAUCUGAAGGAUCAGUUGAACAAGGUGGAGAUGUUCACGAAGCCGGAGAUCUGCGAGUUGUUCUUGACCUACCUGCGCCGGGGCCUGCAGAUCACCAAGCUCUGCGUCAUCAUGGACCCGCUGAAUCCAAAGGAGUGCUCUGGAGGGCAUACGGAGGACAAGCUGUCCAUGUGCCUCAGCAACUUUGUGAUCUUAGCCAGCAACGACACCUCGGACUUCGCGGAUGUGGAGGCGGUGAAGGCGGCCAGCGAGCUGCGUGCGCAGCUACUGGCCACCGCGGUGGUGGAACUGCGCUACGCCGUGGCAUUGACCUACUUGCUGAUGGUUCUGAACAUGUUCUCGUUGCUCCUGGCGCUGGUGCGAAACAGCACGGCUGACUACUACAUGAUGUUCCUGCCGGAGCCCCUGAAGCGCUGGGGCCUGCCCGCGGUAUCUGCCACCUCCACCUUCAUCUCGGGGCUUAUGGCCAGGUUUCGCUUCACGCUGCGGUGGAGCAAGGCGCAGGCCGCCGCGGCGCAGCUGGAGGCGGAGAUCUGGAAGUUCCGGACGCGGGUGGCGGAUUAUGUGGUUGUGGGCGCGAGUAACUUCGGCCAGGACGAAGACUCUGGCCCCUCGCAACAAAAUCCCCAGAUCUUCACGCGCGAGCGGAAGCAGGACGAAACUCGGGCUCUCUUCCGCUCGAAUGUGAACAACAUCUUCAACUCCGCGAUGGAGGAGAUGGGGACCAGUUCGCUGCACAACGGGGGCUCCGACAAACUGCCGAAGCGCGAGAAAGCCCCCAGGCGCUGCUGCCGCCGCAAGACCAAACACGAGAGCGAACAAACCGCCAACUCCAGCUCAGCCGCGCCUCCUCAGUCUGACUUGACGGAGUACGGCCACCUUGGCAUCGACGAGUACUACAAGCAGAGGACAAUGGAAGUGCUUCACAGGAUGAAGAAGCAGGCGCGGCUGCUCACCUUCCAGCAGGGCAUGCUCGAAAGUUUCGUUUUGCUCUUCGGUACGUUGGGCGUGUUGCUCGCCACCUUCGACCAGACGGAGCUGGCCAUGAUCUGCGUGUCCCUGGCGGCCAGUCUGCAGUCCUUGGAGAAGUUUCACGCGCUCAGCACCCGCUUGGACGCGGCCAACGCUGGUGAGCGCGACAUGAUUUGUGCCUGGCAAGACUGGAGCGCUAUGGAGCCGAUGCAGCGCCGGUUCCAGAACAACGUCAACAG